AUGUCUUCAUACCAGUCAAUUCUGCUGCAAAACGCCACUAUCCUUGUUCCAAAAGGCCCUGGGGACGAUCAUGUCAUUCCACUCAAGAACCAUUCGUUGCUGAUCGAGGGUAACAGAAUCGCUCGCAUCGCGCCUCAUAUUGAUCCUUCAUCUAAGUCAACUGAGGUUAUCGAUUGCUCGGCAAAGAUCAUCUCACCUGGAUUUGUCGAUACUCACCACCAUGUUUGGCAGACUCAACUCAAAGGACGGCAUGCCGACCAUUCGCUGUUAGAGUACAUGGUACCGGGAAACAUGGCGUCACAUAGCUACAAGCCUGAAGAUGUUUUCUGGGGCCAGCUUGGUGGAUGUCUCGAGGCCCUCGAGGCUGGAACGACUACAAUUGUGGACCACGCCCAUAUCUCAUAUACUACAGAUCAUAACAACGCUGCUCUUUCAGCGACCCUCUCAUCUGGUAUCAGGUCUAUCUACUGUUACUGUCCCACCGGCCGAGUCAAGACCUGGAAGCCAUUCGAAAUGGAGGAAGAAUUCCUUCCAGCCUGGCUUUUCGAGCAGUUGACCUCAAUGUGUAAAGCCGGUCCGUUCGCCAACGGUCGGGUGACGAUGGGUUUUGCGUUCGACUCCUUCUACCUUCCAAAGGAUGUCGUUAUCAACAUCUUCAACCAAGUCCGUGGACUGGGCAUCAAGACGAUAACUUCUCACUAUGUCCCAAGCCUUCUCCAUGGGUCACGGCUGGCCCGUCUGCUUUCAGGAAAUGCCAAGUCAAUUAGCUCUCUCGGCAUCGACUGCCACAGUAAUAACACAGGCAGCAUCGUCGCUCAGAUGAAAGUUGGUCUUCAGGCUGAACGUGCUCGCCGCAAUGACCGAAUCCACGAAGCAGGAAAGAUCCUGCCAGAGUUCAGGUUUCUGCCCAAGAUGCAUUCCAGCUUGGGACAAUUGGCGGCAGCAAGGGCGAUCAAGAUGAGCGAUCAAAUUGUGAUCUGUGCUGCCGAGGAAGAUCCAAUUGCUGCUAUCAUUUUGCACUCCGCUGCCUCUGACAUCGAUGCUGUUAUAGUUGAUGGCCAAUUCAGAAAGCGAAAUAGACAAUUAGCAACAACUAAGCUGGACUUGGAACUCAUGCCUAAUAUGAAGCACGAGAAGUCUGACGUACAGUGGUGUGAUGUUGCAACCGAGCUUUUGAAGAGCCGCCAGAGCAUUUUGGAGGCAGAGAAGGCUAGCGGUGCUGAUGAUCGAAAGGCAGGGUUUGAGAACAUAGUGAGAAUAUUCGGAACCGACAAGGACAAGUUGGUUUAUUAA